CCGCCUUGCACACUCGCACCGUCAUGGCCUGCCCGUACUCCAGCGCCACUUGAGAGCCGAUCUCCUCCGGCGUCACCUGCGGGCGGCACCGCGGGGCUGAGCUGCGCCGAGCCGCCUCUGAACCCCAACCCCAACCGCCACCCCGACCUGCGGCGGGAGGUCGCAGAGCAGCGGGUCCUGCACGAGCCGCGCCAGCGCCGCCUGGAACAGCUCGAGCACAUCGGCGUGCGCCAGCUCCUCCUCCACCUCCGCCAUCGCCGCCGGAAGAGGCGGAUCCGACGAUGUUGCUUUUCUGCCCGGCGUGCGGCAACGUGCUGGUGGCCGAGGAGGGGCCGCGCUGCCACCGCUUCGCCUGCACCACUUGUCCGUACGUGCGGAACGUCACGAGGAAGGUGAGCAGCAGGAAAUACCCGCGGCUGAAGGAGGUGGACGAUGUGCUGGGCGGAGCGGCGGCGUGGGAGAACGUGGAUUCCACCGCAGAGCCGUGCCCCAAGUGCGAGCAUCCCCGCGCCUACUUCAUGCAGAUCCAGACGCGCUCGGCCGACGAACCCAUGACUACGUUCUAUAAGUGCUGCAACGCGCAGUGCGGGCACCGCUGGCGCGACUGACCACCCCCUACCCCCCCCCCGACUAUCAAUAAACGCAGCGCUGGAGCUGCACUGUGA